ACUGAAAUCCUUGCAGAAACCAGACUCACUCCCGACGAAUUUGCAGAGGCUCUCCGAACUGAAAUCAAAGACCAAACUAAAUGUGCAGCCUCUGUUGGCAUGGGUUCCAAUAUUCUGCUGGCUAGAAUGGCAAGUCGGAAAGCAAAACCAGAUGGACAGUAUCACUUAAAACCAGAGGAGGUGGAUGAUUUUAUCAGAGGUCAGCUAGUUACCAACCUAUUAGGAGUUGGUCGGUCAGUGGAAUCCAAGUUGACGUCUCUGGGAAUUAAAACCUAUGGAGACCUUCAAUAUAUGACCAUGUCCAAGCUCCAGAAAGAAUUUGGCCCCAAGACAGGACAGAUGCUCUAUAGAUUCUGCCGCGGCUUGGAUGAUAGGCCUGUUCGAACAGAAAAGGAAAGAAAAUCUGUUUCAGCUGAGAUCAACUAUGGAAUAAGAUUUACCCAGCCUAAGGAAGCGGAAGCUUUUCUGCUGAGCCUUUCAGAAGAGAUUCAACGAAGGCUGGAAGCUGCCGGAAUGAAGGGUAGACGACUGAUGUUGAAAAUCAUGGUCCGAAAGGCGGGCGCCCCCGUGGAACCCGCGAAAUACGGAGGUCACAGGAUCUGCGACAACAUUGCCAGGACUGUAAUUCUUGAUCAAGCAACAGAUAGUGCCAAAAUAAUUGGUAAAGCAACCCUAAACAUGUUUCACACAAUGAAAUUGAAUAUAUCUGAUAUGCGGGGGGUUGGGAUUCUGGUGAAUCAGUUGGUUCCGAUCAGUAAAAGCUCUCCAGGUGAAGCCACUCACCCAGCAGCACAAUCUGUCCGUUUUCCUGGUGGAGCCCAUUCCAUCCUUGAUCUCUUCCAAGUUCAGAAGGCCAAGAAACCCGCAGAAGAGGAACACAAAGAAGUUUUUGUUGCUGCCAUGGACCUUGAAAUAUCAUCCGCAUCAAGAACUUUCCUGCCAUCUUUCACUACGCAUCUGACGUCCAGUCUCAGUCCGGUUCUGAGCAAAACGGAGCCUGCAGUGAAAUGGAAUGGCUUGCAUUCCCCAGUCAGUGUGAAAUCGAGACUGAAUUUCAGUAUUGAGGUUCCGUCCCCUUCCCAGCUAGACCAGUCUGUUUUCGAAGCCCUCCCCGCUGAUCUCCGAGAACAGAUAGAACAAAUGAACGCCAUGCAGCAGGGAGAGGCGCCCGUGGAGAAAAAGAAAGAGCCGCUGAACGGUUGUCACGCCGGGAUUUUGCCCCAGCCAGUGGGGACGGUUCUUUUACAAAUCCCCGAACUUCAAGAAUCAAGCAGCGAUGCGGGAGUCAGCGUAAUAGCCCUGCCAGCCCUCCCGCAGGUGGACCCUGAGGUGUUCGCCGCGCUUCCCCUCGAGCUUCAGGAAGAGCUGAAAGCGGCCUAUGAUCAGAGGCAGAGGCAGUUGGAAAACCCGCCCAAUCAGCAGCCAGCCAGCACGUCGGGGUUAAAAAAUCCUUUACUCCAGUUGAAGCAAGCGUCAGUGAAAAACAAGAAAAGAAACCGAAAAGCCAGCAGUGCAGUCAGCCCUGUGAAAGUGGCCCAGAGUCCUCUGAAGAACAGGCCACUCAGGAGCCCGGCUAAGUCCGCAGCGAUCCCCUGUGGGAAUCCCCAGAAGUUAAUAGAUGGCUUCUUAAAACAGGACGGCACAACGGCAAGUAAACCACAGAUGGAGCCGGUUGCCUCGACUUCAACUGUUCCAAGCCCCACCGCCUUGAAGCCUAGACCGCCAGCCCCCAGUCUGGCCGGAGCUGUGGAAUUCAACGACGUGAAGACCUUGCUCAAAGAGUGGAUCACCACCAUCUCAGAUCCCAUGGAGGAAGACAUCCUGCAGGUCGUGAAGUACUGUACUGAUCUAAUAGAAGAAAAAGACCUGGAAAAAUUAGAUCUGGUCAUAAAAUACAUGAAAAGGUUGAUGCAGCAGUCAGUGGAAUCUGUCUGGACUAUGGCAUUUGACUUCAUUCUUGACAACGUUCAGGUGGUUUUACAACAAACUUACGGAAGCACAUUAAAAGUUAUCUAAGCCUGGAGAAAGGAGCUGGG